AUGCCGUCUUCUUCUUAUCCCGCUCAAGCUGUAGAGCUGCAGACUCUCGAUUUUACUCAUGGAAUUAAUGCAGCGCCGAAACAACCUAAUCCGGUUUUAUCUUCGGCAGGCCGACGCCUAGGAGGAUCCCACGAUGAUCAAGAUCAAGGUCAAGAUCAGCAAGUCGAUGCUACGGACGAUGAAGCGAUUCCAUCAAGGGCCGCUGUUGUUGUUGAGAAGUGGAACGAGCCAAUUGGUAAUGCCUUUCGGGUCGCUGCUGUUUUCUUUAGUCUUUUCGUCUCUGGCGCCAACGAUGCAGCCUAUGGUGCUCUGAUUCCUUACUUGGAGACAUAUUACGAACUUUCAUACCUCGUCGUCUCGCUCAUCUUCCUCUCUCCAUUCGUUGGCUUCAUUGUUUCUGCCGCGACCAACAAUUAUCUUCACAUGAGAAUCGGUCACCGAUGGAUUGCCUUUAUGUGCGGUGGAUGUCACGUCUUGACAUACUUGAUCCUGUCUCAGCACCCGCCCUAUCCUGUCCUGGUCUUGGCAUAUGUCUUGGCUGGUUUGGGUAACGGGAUUGGCCUUGCAGCUUGGAAUUCAUAUAUAGGCAAUCUUGCUAGAUCCAACGAGCUAUUGGGUUUUAUGCACGCGAGCUACGGUCUUGGAGGUACUGUGAGCCCUCUGAUUGCGACCAGCAUGAUUACCCAAGCCAACCUUGGCUGGUAUGACUUUUACUAUGUACUUCUUGGCAUGGCUGUCCUCGAAACUGCUACCCUCACAUACUCGUUCUGGCCCAAGACAGCUCAGAAGUAUCGCGAGACUGUCAAUGCAACGGGCACCCGCAAUCAAAGUACCCGAUCUGCCCUUUUUGUCAGACCCCACGCUCGUGUCGUUUGGCUCUGUGCCCUGUUUCUCCUCGGCUACGUUGGUGUAGAGGUCGCCUUGGGUGGCUGGGUCGUACAGUUCAUGUUGCGUGUUCGUAACGCCGACCCUUUUGACGCAGGAAUGACAGCCGUCGGCUUCUGGCUGGGCAUCACAAUGGGACGCAUGAUUCUAGGCAUGGUUAUCCCGAAGAUAGGUGUCAAACUGUCACUCCUCAUCUUCAUUCCCAUCACUAUGGCUCUGCAGCUCAUCUUCUGGCUUGUCCCUCAAUUCCACGUAUCGGCCGUGGCUGUUGCUCUGCAGGGCUUCUUCCUAGGACCAAUGUUCCCCUGCGUAAUUGUGGCUGUCACGAUGCUUCUGCCCCGACAUCUUCAUGUAAGUGCCAUUGGAUUUGCUGCUGCAUUUGGAGGAAGCGGUGCGGCUAUUCUGCCUUUCGCGGUCGGCGCUAUUGCGCAGGCCAAGGGUGUUCAGGUUCUGCAACCUAUAAUUCUUGCCAUCUUGGUAGUUUUGCUAGGUAUUUGGGUUUGUUUGCCCAAGAUUGAGAAGAGGAAGGACUAA